AUGGGAAAGAAGCGCGACGCCAUCCUGGAGGCGCUCGAGAACCUGACGGCCGACGAGCUGAAGAAGUUCAAGCUGAAGCUGCGGGCGGUGCCGCUGUGCCAGGGCUUUCGGCACAUCCCGCGGGGCGCACUCGCGCCGCUGGACGCCGUGGACCUCACCGACAAGCUGGUCGCCUUCUACUGCGAGGACUACGGCGCCGAGCUCACCGCAGCCGUGCUGCGCGACAUGGGCAUGCAGGAGGAGGCGGUGCGGCUGCAGCGGGCAGCGUGA